CAGAACAGAAUGGGAUUCGAUGUGAGUCCUUCUUUAAAGCUUCAGCAGCGUUCCUCAUUUCACUGGAGUUGUAGUGGCAGGCUCACCGGCGUACUACAGUUGCUCGCCAGCUCAACCAUGGCUUUAAUAAUGAGGGUACUUCAAUUGUCUCUACUCCUUGAUGUGGUGUGUCAAGUACAUGCUUACAGGAUCGGAUACGCUGAGCCGGAGAUGCCUAGAUAUGGGCUGCAGCAGCCUCCUAGCUACAAUUCCCAGCAGCAGUUGGAACAACCUCCUAGCUACAAGCCCCAGCCACAGCAACCUUCUAGCUACAAGCCACAGGAGCCUAGCUACGAUCACCCCCAGCAGCAGCAGCAUCUUAGCUACAAGCCCCAGCAGCAGCAGCAUCCUAGCUACAAGCCCCAGCAGCAGCAGAAUCCUAGCUACAAGCCCCAGCAGCAGCAGAAUCCUAGCUACAAGCCCCAGCAGCAGCAGCAGCAGCAGCAGCAUCCUAGCUACAAGCCCCAGCAGCGGCAACAACAUCAUAGCUACAAGCCCCAGCAUCCUAGCGACAAGCCGCAGCAGCAACAUCCUAGCUACAAGCCCCAGCAUCCUAGCGACAAGCCCCAGCAGCAUCCUAGCGACAAGCCCCAGCAGCAGCAGCAGCAGCAUCCUAGCUACAAGCCCCAGCAGCAGCAGCAACAUCCUAGCUACAAACCCCAGCAGCAGCAACAUCCUAGCUACAAGCCCCAGCAUCAGCAGCAACAUCCUACCUACAAGCCCCAGCCGCAGCAGCAACAUCCUAGCUACAAGCCCCCGCAGCAGCAGCAGCAACAUCCUAGCUACAAGCCCCCGCAGCAGCAGCAGCAACAUCCUAGCUACAAGCCCCAGCAGCAGCAACAUCCUAGCUACAAGCCCCAGCAGCAACAUCCUAGCUACAAGCCCCAGCAGCAGCAACAUCCUAGCUACAAGCCCCAGCAGCAGCAACAUCCUAGCUACAAGCCCCAGCAGCAGCAGCAGCAGCAGCAGCAUCCUAGCUACAAGCCCCAGCAGCAGCAUCCUAGCUACAAGCCCCAGCAGCAGCAGCAACAGCAACAUCCUAGCUACAGGCCCCAGCAUCCUAGCUACAAGCCCCAGCAGCAACAACAUCCUAGCUACAAGCCCCAGCAGCCCUCUGCCUACAAGCCCCAGCAGCCCUCUAGCUACAAGCCCCAGCAGCCCUCUAGCUACAAGCCCCAGCAGCCUUCUAGCUACAAGCCCCAGCAGCCUUCUAGCUACAGGCCCCAGCAGCCUUCUAGCUACAAGCCCCAGCAGCCUUCUAGCUACAGGCCCCAGCAGCCUUCUAGCUACAGGCCCCAGCAGCCUUCUAGCUACAGGCCCCAGCAGCCUUCUAGCUACAGGCCCCAGCAGCCUUCUAGCUACAGGCCCCAGCAGCCUUCUAGCUACAGGCCCCAGCAGCCUUCUAGCUACAGGCCCCAGCAGCCUUCUAGCUACAGGCCCCAGCAGCCUUCUAGCUACAGGCCCCAGCAGCCUUCUAGCUACAGGCCCCAGCAGCCUUCUAGCUACAGGCCCCAGCAGCCUUCUAGCUACAGGCCCCAGCAGCAGCAGCAGCAGCAACAUCCUAGCGACAAGCCCCAGCAUCCUAGCGACAAGCCGCAGCAGCAACAUCCUAGCUACAAGCCCCAGCAUCCUAGCGACAAUUCCCAGCAGCAACAUCCUAGUUACAAGCCCCAGCAGCAUCCUAGCGACAAGCCCCAGCAGCAUCCUAGCGACAAGCCCCAGCAGCAGCAGCAUCCUAGCUAUAAGCCCCAGCAGCAGCAGCAGCAUCCUAGCUACAAGCCCCAGCAGCAGCAACAUCCUAGCUACAUGCCCCAGCAGCAGCAGCAGCAACAUCCUAGCUACAUGCCCCAGCAGCAGCAGCAUCCUAGCUACAAGCCCCAGCAGCAGCAACAUCCUAGCUACAUGCCCCAGCAGCAGCAGCAGCAACAUCCUAGCUACAUGCCCCAGCAGCAGCAGCAGCAGCAGCAACAUCCUAGCUACAUGCCCCAGCAGCAGCAGCAGCAGCAUCCUAGCUACAAGCCCCAGCAGCAGCAGCAUCCUAGUUACAAGCCCCAGCAGCAGCAGCAGCAGCAUCCUAGCUACAAGCCUCAGCAGCAGCAGCAACAUCCUAGCUACAAGCCCCAGCAGCAGCAACAUCCUAGCUACAAGCCCCAACAGCAGCAACAUCCUAGCUACAAGCCCCAGCAGCAGCAGCAGCAGCAGCAGCAACAUCCUAGCUACAAGCCCCAGCAGCAGCAGCAACAUCCUAGCUACAAGCCCCAGCAGCAGCAGCAACAGCAACAUCCUAGCUACAAGCCCCAGCAGCAGCAACAUCCUAGCUACAAGCCCCAGCAGCAACAACAUCCUAGCUACAAGCCCCAGCAGCAGCCUCCUAGCUACAAGCCCCAGCAGCCUUCUAGCUACAAGCCACAGGAGCCUAGCUACGGCCAGCCACAGCCCCAGCAGCAGCGUCCUAGCGACAAGCCCCAGCAGCAGCAUCCUAGCUACAAGCCCCAGCUGCAGACACCUGGCCAUAAGCCCCAGCAGCAGACUCCUAGCCAUAAGCUACAGGAGCCUAGUUACGACCAGCAACAGCAGCCCCAGGAGCAGCAGCAUCCUAGCUAUGAGGCCCAGGAUCAGCAGCAUCCUAGCUACGAGCCCCAGGAGCAGCAGCAUCCUAGCUACGAGCCCCAGGAGCAGCAGCAUCCUAGCUACGAGCCCCAGGAUCAGCAGCAUCCUAGCUACGAGCCCCAGGAUCAGCAACAUCCUAGCUACAAGCCCCAGCAGCAGCAGCAGCAACAUCCUAGCUACAAGCCCCAGCAGCCCCAGCAGCAGCAUCAACAUCCUAGCUACAAGCCGCAGCAGCAGCAGCAUCCUAGCUACAUGCCCCAGCAGCAGCAGCAUCCUAGCUACAAGCCCCAGCAGCAGCAGCAGCAUCCUAGUUACAAGCCGCAGCAGCAUCCUAGCUACAAGCCCCAGCAGCAGCAGCAUCCUAGCUACAAGCCCCAGCAGCAGCAGCAUCCUAGCUACAAGCCCCAGCAGCAGCAGCAACAUCCUAGCUACAAGCCCCAGCAGCAGCAGCAACAUCCUAGCUACAAGCCCCAGCAGCAGCAGCAACAUCCUAGCUACAAGCCCCAGCAGCAACAUCAUAGCUACAAGCCCCAGCAGCAACAGCAGGAACAUCCUAGCGACAAGCCCCAGCAGCAGCAGCAGGAACAUCCUAGCGACAAGCCCCAGCAGCAACAUCCUAGCUACAAGCCCCAGCAGCAACAUCCUAGCUACAAGCCCCAGCAGCAACAUCCUAGCGACAAGCCCCAGCAGCAGCAGCAGGAACAUCCUAGCGACAAGCCCCAGCAGCAGCAGCAGCAGGAACAUCCUAGCUACAAGCCCCAGCAGCAGCAGCCUAGCUACAAGCAGUAACACAAAAGUUGUACCUUAUGAAGAUUACAUUGUGUACGUUCGCUUCGUUGGAAAUGCCAUCAAAUCCUGCAAGAUAAGCGGUCAAAGAACUGUGCAAAUGUGUUGCCAUUACAUGGUUUUACUGUCCAAAUUUGAUAUGUGUACAGCAAAUAAUAAAAAUAUACAUUUU